AUGGAUUUGUACUUGGCAAAGUGUCGUGCUAGUUUCUACGUCGAUAGCCGACUCAAAAAACUCUAUUUUUCCGCGCCAAACAUCAUGUCGACGAUGCCCAAAACGGCCAACCGUGUGCCGCCGUCCGCCACGAGUAGUCCUGCAGCAGAUGAAGGAGUUGAAAACCCUGCUGAACGAACUAUGGAAUUAUGUAGUGAUUCCGGUCAACUAUGUGUAGAAACUGCAGGACACAUAUGUGACAAUAACGAACCAGGUGUAGGUGACCACGAACACGGCGACGGUCAAAGUCAUAAGAGCCGAUUGUUUUGGAAGCGUACUAAGAAAUUUGUUCAAGUGCUUAUUAUGCUGCACAUCUAG